AAAUGCUCACUGCCAGCGUUCCGUGCACACUCAACCGAGAGAAGCAUCACCAUCCUCACUCCCACUGAGAAUAAAGCUCCAUUAUUAUUUUUAUACUUGCAAGCCGAACUUUCAAAACUCGAGCCAUGUGUGGUAUUUUUGCUUACCUGAACCAUCAAGUGCCUCGCACCAGGAAGGAGAUAUUUGAGACACUCGUGAAGGGAUUGCAGAGACUUGAGUACAGAGGCUACGAUUCAGCAGGCAUUGCUGUGGAUGGCAAAACCAAGGAAAGCUCUGACAUAAAUGGCAAAGCCAUCUGUUUGAUCAAAAAGAGAGGAAAGGUCAAGGCUUUGGAGGAGGAGCUUCACAAGAAAGACUCCCUGGACCUGGAAGAGGAACUGUGUACGCACUUUGGUCUCGCUCACACUCGCUGGGCCACACACGGAGAACCGAGCGCGCUCAACAGCCACCCUCAUCGUUCUGACAACGAUAAUGAAUUUGUCGUCAUCCACAAUGGCAUUAUCACCAACUACAAGGAGCUGAAGGCCUAUCUGAUCGCCAAGGGAUAUGCGUUUGAGUCUGAGACAGACACGGAGGUGAUCCCAAAGUUAAUCAAAUACGUUUACGACAACCGGGAGUAUGACAGCAUCAGCUUCUCCACCCUGGUGGAGAGGGUCAUUCACCAGCUGGAAGGGGCCUUUGCUCUGGUUUUUAAAAGUCGCCAUUUCCCUGGAGAGGCCGUGGUUGCCAGGAGAGGAAGUCCCUUGCUCAUUGGCGUACGAAGUGAACACGAGCUGUCAACCCAACAUAUUCCUGUCCAGUACAAGGGUGCUCUCCUAAAGGAGGACGUCCAGGAAAAGAACAACCAUAACCGCACUGGUGGCACUAUUAACUCCGUCGGGGAUGGCAGGCCUGUGGAGUAUUACUUUGCUUCUGACGCAAGCGCCAUUAUUGAACACACCAACAAGGUGUUGUACCUGGAGGAUGAUGACAUUGCUGUGGUGAGAGGAGGGAAACUUUCUAUCCACAGGAUGAACCGGCAGGCCGGUGAAGAUCCUGUACGCGCCAUCCAAACCCUACAAAUGGAGCUCCAACAGAUAAUGAAAGGAAAUUUUGAUUCUUUCAUGCAGAAAGAGAUCUUCGAGCAGCCAGAGUCAGUGGUCAACACAAUGAGAGGUCGCAUUUGUUUUGACUCCAACACUGUCAUUCUCGGCGGAUUGAAGGACCACAUAAAAGAGAUCAAACGCUGCAGACGGCUGAUCAUGAUUGGCUGUGGCACUAGUUUCCAUGCUGCAGUCGCCACCAGACAAAUCCUGGAGGAACUAACAGAGCUGCCUGUCAUGGUGGAGCUGGCAAGUGACUUCCUUGACCGCAAUACACCUGUUUUCAGAGACGACGUCAGCUUCUUCAUGAGCCAGUCAGGAGAGACAGCAGACACCUUAAUGGCUUUGCGUUACUGUAAGGAGAGAGGUGCCUUAACAGUGGGCAUAACCAACACCGUGGGAAGCUCCAUUUGCAGAGAAACAGACUGUGGAGUCCACAUUAAUGCUGGGCCUGAGAUUGGAGUGGCUAGCACCAAGGCGUACACCAGUCAAUUUGUGGCGCUCACCAUGUUUGGCCUAAUGAUGAGUGAGGACAGGCUCUCCCUACAGAAGAGAAGACUGGAGAUCAUCAACAGCCUCCGACAGCUUCCUGAUUUCAUAAAAAAGGUCUUGUCUCUGGAUGAGAAAAUAAAGAUCAUUGCUGAAGAGCUGUACCAGCAGAGGUCUCUUCUUGUCAUGGGCCGUGGUUUCAAUUAUGCCACAUGUCUGGAGGGGGCACUGAAAAUCAAAGAAAUCACCUACAUGCACUCAGAGGGCAUUAUGGCCGGCGAGUUGAAGCACGGACCUCUGGCUCUCAUUGACAAACAUAUGCCAGUCAUCAUGAUCAUCAUGAAGGAUGCCUGCUAUACCAAAUGUCAAAACGCCCUCCAACAAGUCACUGCCAGAUCGGGCAGGCCCAUCAUCCUGUGUAGCCAGGACGACACAGAGGUGACUACGAAUGCUUAUCGGACCAUCGAGUUGCCACGUAUUGUCGACUGUCUGCAGGGCGUCCUCAGUGUCAUCCCCCUGCAGCUAUUGUCCUUCCACCUGGCAGUUCUGCGAGGAUACGAUGUUGACUGCCCCAGAAACCUAGCCAAGUCUGUGACAGUGGAAUGAAUUCACGUCACAAAGCCCAGGAGAGCAGCAAGGACGUUCAUAGCGCAAAUGUGCAAUUGAAAUUUCUGAAUGUUUUGAAAGCUUUGUGGGUAUUGUGUUUCUGCAUAUAAAAUGUGUGUGCGAGGGAGAAGAGUGAACGAGACAAAUGAAAAGGACAAGAAACAUUUUCUUGCUUUAAUAUUUUUCUUAAUUCAAGCAAAUGUGAAGUUUGAUCAAUACACUGAUGAGGGGGCACCAGUCCAAUGCUGUUAAGGUCUUGCCUGGAUCGCAACCUACCGUGCCUUUUUCUUAUCACUAGAUGAGCCAACACUUUCAAGAGGCUUAAAAUGACAUUAAAUGCCUUAUAGAAGAAAUUACAGCAGUGCAAUAUGGGGGGGACUAAAUGUGCAUUAUGAAUGUACGCAGUUGUGACAGAAUUUUUUUUUUUAACAUUGCUUGCUUAGCCUACAUCCAAUGAAAUUGAAUAGUUACAGAACUUAAUUCCAAAGAGCUGUACAUGAAUGUUGUUAGUGUACCUUCUGUUUAUUUUUUUGCAGGGACUACCUAAAAGGAAAGUGAUUUGACUUUUGUGUCAUAUUGUGCUUCAUGUUUGUUUUAAAAAAUUUUGUUGCUGGUUUUUAACAGAAAAUGAUUUUUUUAAUGAUUUUAUUUUAUGAUAUGCUAUGAUUGGAGCAUGUUUGAAUUGUAAUUGCAACACACUCAGUUCAUUCCACUAAAUGCAUCAUUAUCAUUGUAGGAUGUCGUGCAGUAGAAAAACGGAUCAAUAUGCCAUUACUUUUAUCAAAGUGUUUAUUUUUCAACCAUUGAUCUGUUUGAAUGGGUUCAUAACAAAUUAAGAUAUUCUAUAUUUAUCUGAUUUAUAUUUUAUAAACAUAAAAACGUUUGAUUUGUAUUUGGCACAGAUUUUUUUUUACUGUGUUCUAUCAAUCAGUACCUGGAUAAAGUAUUCUGCAAAAAUGUGCACUUCAUUUCUCUAAAUAUUCUUCAAAUUUGAA